AUGGAGGGAUACAAACUUGAGGCUUGUUGCUCCAGUGAGGAGCGGUCAGCUGGAGCAUGGCUGGCAGCAGGAGUGAAUGGCUGUGGAGCAAUGGCUGUAAUGCACAUGCAGUCACAGUUCCAGUACAAUCAGGAGUUGAUGGCCUUUCUGAAGGAACAGUUGGGCAAGGUUGAAAAUUUGAAGAAACCUGAAAAAGCGACCUUGGAAUCUUGGAAGCGUUUUGAGUCUAAUGUGAAAAUGGGACAGAGGCUCCUUGCCAGGCAUCAAAGGCGCUUUGAUAUUGUGGAGUUUUACAAGUCUGGAAGUGCACACAAGGCAGUGGAAGAUAUGUGUGGGAAUAUAAGACGCCUCCUUGUGAUGUGGGGAAUGGAGGCCAGAGUGGAGAUCCAUCACGAAAUACCACACGCAUUAGUGAAGAAGGAUGAGAAGUACAUCUGCGACCUUCUCAACUACAUUCUGAAAGAUGUGGACAAUGGUAUCAAGGACGACUGGAGGCCAGCCUUUGAAGCUAUCAAGACGACCCAGCAAGAAAAAUGUGACUUUGGGCUGACUUUCGAAUGGCGAGGAACCAGGAUCCACAGCAUUAGGUGCAGAGGUGGGACACUUGAGUACCUGGCUCCAGAGACGUACAAGGGACAGCCCAACACUUCAGCUUCAGACGUGUUUGGACUUGGAGUGGUUAUGUACGAAGUAGCGACUGGAAAGUCCCCAUAUGAUGUUGAUGACCUUGGCCAUCAAUACCACCGUGAAGCCACCAUAAUGUACAGGAAGAUGGUGGAAGUUCAGGAUCCAUGUGAUAUCGACAGUGAAGAGUGCCCCCCCCAAUUUAAGAUGCUCAUGAGGCGAUGCUGCAAACAAGAACCAGCUGCAAGGCCCAAGAUGGAGGAUGUUAGGAAACAGCUAGAGGCACUGUUGCAUGAGGUUUUGUUCAGUGGAAGAGAGCAAAGCACCAAUUUUCAGGGAACCAACAGGCAUCGGGGCAUGAUUGAUGUGAAGAUGAAUGGCAUGAAGUUUUCUGAUGUGACUGCCAAUCCGCAGAUGGAGCGAACGAUUAAGUACAGAAUAAUGGCAGUUCUGGAAAAAUUCAUUGGCAAAGUACUGAAACGUGCCAAAGUCAGGAAACCUGAACCAGGUUGUGUUGUCUUCCCAGUGGAGGUGGAUUACAUUGAUGCAGAAGCUGAGAUGCAGUUCAAAGACAAAUUGCACCUCGAUGUGGCUGCUGAUCUGCAGGAGGACGAGUACUUGCUCUCCUGCCAGUCUACACUGAAAGUCGAAAUCAGCUGUGUUGGCACCACAUCCAAAGUGGAAGAGCUUCGAAACAAGCUGGAGCACAUAGCAAGAGUCAAUGUGGAGAAUAUGAUGUAUCAUCAAGGCAUGAUUGAUUUCCUCAAGAAGAAAGCCCAGGCCCUGCUGGGCUGUGAAUGGGGCCUGCCAAAGGGCAGAUCAGAGGGAGAAUGGAGAGAAGAUUUGACGGCAAUCGCAGGUUUAUUCCAGGAUGUGGUCGAUGUGAUUAGUGCACACGAGCACUUUGACAUUUGCAAUUUCCACAGUACACACGCUCUUCAGAGUUUUAUACAUCGAGUGUGUACAGCUUCUGCUUCGUUUGCAGUGCACUGGAAUCUGGAGCUGGACAUGGAUGGCCACGAUUCAGCGCCUCCCCAAACGUGGCAAAUGGAUCACAGGAGAUUUGCUGGCUGCCUCAGAUACGUGUUAAGAGAUGCUGAGUGUGAUUUGAGUAACUUUGAGCCGGGUGUGCAGCAGCACUGGGAAUCAGUCAAGGCUGAUCUCAGCCUGAAGAGGAAGACACUGGAAGUCAUCCCCUGUGAUGACAUUCAGUGUGGUGAACUGAUUGCACAUGAUGUACACGAAUGCAAAUGGAAGGGCCAGAAAGUUGCCAUGAAAAGGGCCAUUGGUGCUGAGGGGCUGGAAAUGGAAGCUGAGGAACUUGCCAGUUUUUAUGCGCAGGUAUUCAAGAACAUAAAUGUGGACCCUGGCAGCGUUGUCCGCAUUUAUGGUGUCAGCACAUCGGGUGCGAUUGUGAUGGAACUGGCGACUGGCAGCUUGAUGGAAUGGGCCAAAUCUCAUAUAGAUUCCCAUAUGGGCGAUGUGCAUCACAAGAUGCAGUUAAUGCACAAAGCCUCAGCAGCUUUGCAAUCUAUCCAUGACAGGGGUCAUGUGUAUGCAAACGUGAAAAGCAGCAAGAUCCUGGUAUUCGGAGACGAUCUUGCUACCUGUACUGUCAAGCUCUCUGGAGCGCAACCAGCCACAAACCAGCCAAACAUCAAAGGCAGUGAAUUGCGGUGGACUGCCAAUGAGCUAUACAAAGGUCAGGUCUCAAGCAUGGAAUCUGAUGUCUUCAGCUUUGGCCUCGUCCUGUUUGAGCUGGUGACAGGCGAAGUGCCCUAUGCUAAGGGGAUGACAGAGGCAGAUAUAAUGAUGAUGAAAUUGUCAGGACAGAAGCCUUGUCCAAUCACACCAGCAGUGAAGGAGAACUGGCCACAAGACUUGCUGAAAAUGAUGAACAAGUGUUGCUCUGUUGAGCCAGCUGAAAGGCCUUCCAUGCAACAACUGAGCUCCUACCUAUCUACAGCAUAUGGCACAAAGGAGACAUGCACAAGAGCAUUGGACAACAUCCAGAACAGGAUUGCCUCCUUUCCGAAUUUCCUGUUUCGCCCAGAAGUACUUCUGGCAGCAGGGGUGUUUGUCAUUCUCUGUGGGGUUGCCUAUGCUCUGGGACAAAGCGUGGUGAGAGGCAUUGUGCUUGCAUCCAAUGCCACAGCGCACAUAAUGCAGACAGUGGAGUAUACCGUUGUGCGUCUUGUGCACUUAUUGCCACUUCUGCUCGGCUUCUGGCACCUCUUCAUGAGAUCCAGGCACCCUUGUGAUCUCAGGGAAGUGCACAAGACAAUGGUAUUGUUGUACUAUAUGACUUUAGCCAUGAUCUGUUGUUCAUUACUUUGGAUUACCUUGCGAAUGGAGCAAGGUGCCAAUGGAUCCGUGGUGGAGUUCUGUGCAGUUGCAUUAUUGUCAGUGCUGAACUAUGUUGUCUAUCAAUUGUGGAUGCGGCACACACUUCUAGGCUAUGUGAUUUCUACAUGGUUGCAAAAUGGUGUGCGAAGGUCUUGGGGCAAUAGCAGAGAGGCAAUGGCUAAUGUCAACAACUCGUGGUGGGCAUUGUGGUCCAUUAGAUCUCAAUUCGACGAGAGAAUACUUGCGCAAGCGGCACUAAGCAUUGCUCCUUUGAAAUGGGAUAGUGGUGUUCUUGGUACCGAUGUGUUGUGUGAGCUGAGGAAAGAUGGCACCGCUUGUGAGAAUUGGUGUGGAGUGCAUGGCCUUGAAGGACGUGUUUCUUUUGAUCCCGUUGGGUAUUGCAUGAAGGAGCUGUACAACCACAUGUGUUGUGAGUGGAUUGGUGUAUCAAAUUGCAUCUUUCCCCGGUUGUGGAUAUUGGAGUCAAGAAGAAAUGAUGUCAGGAGCGCUGUGGAAGAGAGCAUGAAUUACACACGUCAGCCCCAAUUCCAGAUCCCUUCUGGCUACAAUCUUUGGUAUUUGGCAGCAGGCUUCAUGGCGUUGUUGGAGCUCCCUAUAAACGUUGGUGAAAUCUCACCAAUCUCACGCAUUCACUGUUGGGUGAUUGUGCUCAUGGUUCUGUGCUUCGCUCGGGUAAUGGAAGUGCUCAAUUCCCAGCGCACAUUGAUCAAGUGGUCAGGGAUCACUGUCAUUGGCCGGUGGCAUGAAAGUGUGGACAGAUUUGACGCUGUAGUGAUCUCACUGGCCAUGCUGCAGAUAUCGGGCGAGCUGACAGUGGAGGUGGGUGAAGUCAAUAGAGUAAAGUGGGCCAUGGUAUCUAACUUCGGUUUCGACUUCAUGGAUCAAAUUCGUUGUGCUCUGGAGAGGGCCGAACGGAAGAUCUCGGUGGUCCCAACAGCGUUUUCGGAAACUGCAAAUUCUUUUGCAAGAGCUGAACUUACAGAAUUGCGCAGUAAAGAUGACCAUUAUGCCGCUGCCCAUGAUGCCUUACUUUUGGCAGUUAGGAGAUUGGUGGGAUGUGCAUUUCACUUCCCCCCGAGCAAGUGA